AUGCAAUUCUCUCAGGACGACUUCGAUCGCCUUUUGCUCUUCGAGCACACUCGCAAAACUGCCGAAGUUAACUACGCCAAGAACCCUCUCGAUGCCGAUAAUUUAACUAAAUGGGGAGGAGCGUUGCUCGAACUAUCGCAGUUUCAAAGCCUUGCAGAUUCGAAGGGCAUGAUUAAUGAUUCGAUUUCGAAGUUGGAGGAGGCUUUGCAAAUAAACCCCGCGAAGCAUGAUGCACUAUGGUGCCUAGGAAAUGCCCACACCUCUUUCGCAUUUCUGACCCCUGACCUCGACGAGGCAAGGCCUUAUUUUGAUAAGGCGUCAGAAUUUUUCCAAAAGGCUGCGGAUGAGGAUCCUGGUAACGAGCUUUAUCAGAAGUCCUUAGAAGUCACAUCUAAGGCACCAGAAUUACAUAUGGAGAUCCAUAAGCAAGGGAUGGGUCAGCAAAUUCUGGGUGGGGGACCUGCUGCUCCAUCAUCCAGUACAAAGACCAAGACCAAGAAGAGCAGUGAUCUGAAGUAUGACAUAUUUGGAUGGGUUAUCCUUGCAGUUGGCAUUGUUGCAUGGGUUGGAAUGGCGAAAUCCAACAUGCCACCACCACCCCCAAGAUAA